AUGGGGCGUAAAGUCGCUUCACAAGUACAUAAUGCCGCGACACGCUUAAUGCAAGGAAAACUACUACCAGAGCCACCUCUAUGGUAUAGUGCUGUAGCUCGGUAUCCUCCUUUGCCCCUCCCUCCACGACAAGCAGCACGUCGAAGCAAUCAAAAGGAAGGUGAAGAAGCGACUAGCACAGGUGCUGAAAAGUUACGAAAAGAGACAAAACCUCGCGUGAUGCCAGUUGUGUAUCUGGAAGAUAAAGUCCGCCAGCGAUUCUUUUUGGACCACCCUUUCGAAGCGUUUAGACCGAGAUCCUUAGUUGAGGAGCACGAGAUACAGAAAGAGCAUCCCAUACAGGGUCCAGAAUGGACCCGACUUAGGCAGAGAGGUCGAAACCCAAAUUCCGAAGACUGUAUCAAGUUUGCCGUUUCGUUACACAUCCACCAUUCCCUCCCUCUGUCUCAAGCAUAUCGGACUGCCUGCCAACAAUUUGCAGCUUUGCGCUCAGAACACAGUAUUUCAUCUCACAUUGCCUACCUCGAAGCGAAAGCAUUAGGUGCCACGUUCACAUCUUCGUCGUCCAUCAUCCGACGAGGCUUCGAUCUCGAAGAAGCAGCCCUCGCCAAGUGGAAGAAGGGCGCUGAUCAGAAUAUGAACGAGCAAGUCGCUCGUAAGAAGUGGAGACCCGUGUUUGAGAAGCAGCAAGAGGAUAUUGGACGAUGGACUCAAGGAGAGGAAUACGUGCACAAGGCGAAACAAGGAGAGAUUCCGACAUACAAAGCCGGGAGCCUAGACAGCUUUGUCAGUGUACUUGCCAAUACACCCAAGGCUCCUCAACCGAAACAAGGUCCCGAUCUACUCAACGCCAACGAACCCAGAAGUUCCAAUCAUCACCAGUGGAGCUUGUACUACGAGUCGACCAUGACUGAGAUUUCGAGUAAUAAAGCAUUUGGUGGAUACAUCAAGAAAUACAAGGCUCCAGUCAGUUCAUUCUACGUUAAAUCUUCAUCAUUGGGAGGACUGGAGACUCAAUUUAACGUCUUCAUCCCAUCUACUAGUUCAGGAUAUGGCACAAAUUUUCCGGUGUUAAUCUACCUGGCAGGAUUGACCUGUAACGAGGAUACAGGGGCCUGGAAGGGUGGCUUUCUGCCUACGGCUGCAUCGGAAGGCAUCGCCCUCGUCUUUCCCGACACAUCACCCAGAGGUGCCAAAAUAGAGGGUGAAGAUGAUGACUGGGACUUUGGUACCGGAGCUGGAUUCUAUAUAGAUGCCACCGCGGAUAAAUGGGCCAAGCAUUACAGGAU